AUGAAUCACAUGGAAAUAGUCCACUCCAAGGACAAAUCCAAGGUCAGGUACUACAUACCGCAUUCUUGCGUAAUCAAACCAGAUUCCACUUCAACAAAAUUACGAGUAGUAUUCGACGCCAGCGCAAAAACGUCAAGUAACAUAUCACUCAACGACAUUCAGCACAGUGGUCCUGUUAUACAGCGUGAAUUAUUUGACCUGUUGUUGGAUUUCCGAUGCCACGACAAAGUGGCCACAGCCGACGUCGUGAAAAUGUAUAGGCAAGUAAAUCUUCACGAAGAGGAUUCGUGGUUCCAAUGCAUCCUCUGGCGGAACGAUCCCUCCGAGGAAAUACAAGUAUACCGAUUGAAAACGGUAACGUACGGCGAGGCGGCAUCGUCCUUCUUGGCAUGCCGAGCGCUUCAUGAGGUCGGAGAGGAAAUUCGACCCGAACAACCUGAAAUUGCUGAGGUUAUUCAACAAUGCUUCUACGUGGACAACUUCAUGAUGGGGGGAGAUUCAGCCGAAAAACUGUUGGAAAGGCGGCAGGCAGUGGAAUCAGCUGAUUCGCAACAUGAAUGGCAGCAGCUGAAGAAAACAUUACCAAAACUUGCUAGCUUGACAAUUCCGCGCCAGGCGAUUCCUAGCAAUCCCGUGCACCUGGAACUGCAUGGAUUCUCAGAUGCUUCUAACCUGGCUUAUGGUUGCGCGGUCUAUGCAUAUUGCAUAGACGAGAAAAAUCGAAUAUCUAUGAACCUAUUGUGCGCCAAAUCUCGAGUGGCGCCAAUGAAGGAUGUCACCCUUCCACGAAAGGAACUUCUGGGAGCAAAGCUACUAGCAGAGUUAAUGAAAAGGGUAAUUUCCAUUAUACCAACACACGUUCAAAGAACAUACUACUGGUGCGAUUCACAAGUAGUCUUGGCUUGGAUUCAUUCAAGCGUACCCCACAGUGAAGUGUACGUUCGCAAUAGAAUCAACGUAAUUCAGUCCCUUACGCAUCGAGAGGAUUGGCGAUACGUUCCAACGGAUCAGAACCCAGCUGACAUAGUCUCGAGAGGUAUCUCCGUGAGAAAACUUCUAACCACGAAAAAGGAUAUAUGGCUGCAUGCCACAAACUAUGCGCUAGAGAACAGACGGCGCGCUGAGGCAUAUGGCGCUCCGCAAGUGAUAGCAAUCUGUUCGUCAACCGACAGAGACAGCGCCAGCAGUGAGGUGGAGGACUUAAUAUCAAGUUACCCGCACCAUAACUCAUUCCAGAAGACGCGGAGGCAUUUUGCUGUCGUCAAUAGGGCCAUGAACAACUUCAUGUCUAAAUCAGCGGCCAUCAAAAGUCGCGGGAUUAACCGAGAGCCAUGCUUCGGGCCCCUAACCGUCAGCGAACUGGAGGCUGGUGAACAACUGAUCGUCAAGCAUCUACAGCGCAUCAGUUAUCCAAAGGAGCUCGCUCACUUAGAGGAACAAGGAACCCCUACAAAGCAGGGCCCCCUUCAACAUCUCAGUCCAAUAAUCGAAGAUGGACUCAUCCGCAUCGUGGGCAGGCUUAGCCUGUCCGACUUACCUCAGCAUCAACGGCGUCCAGCAAUAAUACCCCAAGAGCAUUUCUUCGGAAAAAUUAUACUAGAGCACAUUCAUCGACGAAAUCUCCACGCUGGCUUGGAGACAAUCAUUUCGGACUUCCAGCAACGCUAUUGGAUGCGGAACCUCCGAAAACUGGCCAAAACUGUCGUCAAUCGAUGUAUCUUGUGCGCACGAGCUAGGCCGCGCAAGCUUCAACAACAAAUGGGCCAGCUGCCAAGACCUAGGGUGAAUCCAUCCCCAGCAUUCACCCACACCGGAGUAGAUCUAUGCGGUCCGUUUCAGAUUCUGCCAAGCCCACGGGCCAAAACGAGGUGA